AUGCCGCUGCCAGGGAACCCCGCAGCAGCCCCGAGGAAGGGCCUGCCCAAGGGCGCCAAGGUAGUCAAGAAGCGGUCCAAGCAGGAAGUCAAGAAGGCGCAGCAGAAGCCACCGCCCAAGGACCCGCACAGCGACGAUGACUACAGCGACGACGAGAACGAGGGCAAGGAGGGCUACAAGAAGGGCGGGUACCACCCCGUCACCAUUGGCGACAGGUUCAAGAACGGCCGGUACGAGGUCCUAGGGAAACUGGGCUGGGGGCACUUUUCCACUGUGUGGCUCGUCCUCGACCACGACACGCACCACAAGUGCGCCCUCAAGAUCCAGAAGAGCGCUUCGCACUACACGGAGGCGGCGUGGGACGAGAUCAAGCUGCUGGCGGAGAUCGCGGUGGGGGACCCGGACAACCGGCGGCACUGCGCGCGGCUGUGCGACUACUUCGAGCACGCGGGUCCGAACGGCACGCACGUGUGCAUGGUCUUCCACGUGCUGGGCGACAACCUGCUGUCGCUGAUCAAGAAGUACAACUACAAGGGCAUUCCGCUCAAGCUCGUCAAGCAGCUCACGUUCCAGAUGCUCGUCGCGCUCGACUACCUCCACCGCGAGCGCCAGAUCAUCCACACGGACUUCAAGCCGGAGAAUGUUCUCAUCGUUCGACCGCUCGAGCCGCGGAAGGCGCUCGCGCGCAUGAAGCCCGCGGCCGCGGCGGCGGGCGGCAACCUCGAGGCGGCGCUGUCGGGCAUGCAGGAGAAGCUGGCGGGGGGGGAGUUGACGAAGAAUCAGCGGAAGAAGUUGAAGCGUCGGAUCAGCAGCAAGAAGCGGCUCGCGGGGGGGGGGAGUCAGCAGUCGCUGCAGAGCCAGUCGCCGAUGGGGACGCCGCGGGCGUCGGGGGAGGCGGAGGGGGCGGAGGGGGAGGAGGAGGAGGGGGGGGAGUGGGGGGAGGACAUUUGGGACAUGCUGGAGGAGUAUAAGACGUGGGACGUGGCGGACUGGCAGUGCACGGUCGUGGACUUCGGGAACGCGUGCUGGACCUUCAAGCAGUUCACGCAGGACAUCCAGACGCGGCAGUACCGCUGCCCCGAGGUCAUCCUCGGCACGAAGUACUCCACCCCGAGCGACAUGUGGUCGCUGGCGUGCACGGUCUUCGAGCUGGCGACGGGGGACCUCCUCUUCGACCCGCGCACGGGCUCCGAGUACAGCCGCGACGAGGACCACCUCGCGCUCAUGGUCGAGCUCCUCGGCCAGAUGCCGCGCCGCCUGCGCACCGGCGGCAAGUACAGUAGCGAGUUUUUCAACAGCAAGGGGGAGUUCCGGCACAUCAAGCGGCUGCGGCCCUGGCCGCUCGACAAGGUGCUCACGGAGAAGUACUCGAUGAAGGAGCAGGAGGCCGUCGCGAUGGCGGGCUUCCUCGAGCCCAUGCUGGCGUUUUUGCCGGACCGGCGCAUGUCGGCGGCGCAGGCGCUGCAGCACCCGUGGCUGGCCGACGUGCGGCGGGACUACGAGCGCGCGCUGCUGGAGCGCGGCGUGUCGCCGGCGUUCCUCCCCGGCGCGAUGCUCGUCACGCCGCAGCAGGUGGGCGACGGCGCGGCGACGGCGCAGAAUAGCAGCAUCAGCGGCGGCGGGACGGUGCACCAGUCGCCCGUGUCGCCGGGCGUGGUCCCCGCGGCGCCGAGCGCGCGCACGGGCACGAGCACGCAGCCCUCGCGCGAGCAGUCGCGCAAGUACGGCGAGUCGGACCAGGAGCCCGACACCCCCAUGUCCGGGCACGUCGCCGCCGCGAUGCGCCUCCACACCGGCACGCCCGGCUCGAGCGGGUCCGCGCUGCUCCCGCAGGACUCGCGCGGGCAGCUCCUCGAGGAGUGGGUGCACGAGUCGCGCGGCGAGGAGGCGAUCAGCGCGGGCCGCGGGCCGCUCGAGGACCGCUCGAAGAGCCUGUCGCCGCAGGGCCGCGGGGGCGGCGAGUCCGAGGCGUUCCUGCAGCAGAACAAGCGCCAGCUGUACCAAAUCAUCUCGUCGCCGGGGAAGAAGGUUGAGGACGGGGACGUGGCGCAGAUCAAGCGGCUGCUGUCGGGGGAGCCGUCGCUGCUGAAGGACGAGUCGGUGAAGCGGCGGUUGGCGGAGGCGGCGCUUGCGGCGGGGCCGGCGGGGGCGGCGGCGGAGGGGGGGAAGCCGCUGCCGGCGUCGACGUGGACGCCGAGCUCGCUGGACAAGAUCCUGGACGAGGUGUCGAACGACAUGGCGGGCCUGGGGAUGUCGGGGACCGCGGGGGACUCGGUGCACCGGCAGCGGUGA